AUGGCAAAAAUCUUCUUAACAGGAGCUUCUGGAUACAUUGGCGGGGAGGUGCUGCAUGUCUUACAGACUGCGUAUCCUGAGCAUGAUUAUGUCGUCCUGCUGAGAGAUAAGGAAAAGGCAGAGCAGGUGUCGAAUGCGUAUCCUAAGGUUCGCGUGGUGUUCGGGGACCUGGACUCGGCAGCGCUGCUGGAGGAAGAGGCGCGCAAAGCGGACAUUGUUGUUCACCUCGCACAUGCAAAGCAUAUCGGAAGUGUCGAAGCUAUCGCUCGUGGUUUGACGACACUGAACAGGGCAAAGCCAGGCCAUUGGAUCCAAGUAUCAGGCGCAACUCUCCUUUCCUUCCCCGACAUCGAGCAAAACGCAUAUGGAGAACCCACGAACAAAGUAUACAACGACUUCGAAGGAGUCGAGGAGGUCCGCCAGCUCAUCCAACGCUAUUCGUCCAAGCGUCUCGUCGACAGUUUCAUCCUCAACCUGGCCAAAUCUCCGACCAGUCCAAAGACGGCCCUCGUGUUCCCUCCAUUGAUCUACGGCCGCGGUAGGGGACCUGUCAAUCAGCGCAGUGUUCAGGUCCCGGAGCUGGCGAAGGCUACAUUGCAGCGUCGUGCGGGUCUCCAAGUUGGAAAGGGACAAAGUAUCUGGAGUAAUGUCCAUAUCACCGAUAUCAGUCAGAUUUUCGCCAAGCUGGUCGGAAAGGCUCUGCAGGGUGAAGAGGGCGAUUUGUGGAACGAGAACGGCUUAUACUUCGCUGAGAAUGGAGCGUUGACCUUCAAAGAAAUCUCCCAAUUGGUUACGCAAGAAUCGCACAAGCUCGGACUUAUCGACUCUACUUCCGUGGCAGAAUUGACACACCAGGAAGCGGACGAAUUGAGCGCUCAUGCUGGUAUUCUCUGGGGAACUAAUGCGCGUGAACAGGCCCAGAGAGCUCGCACACUUCUUGACUGGGCGCCAAAGGCGAACCCACUGGACAAGGAGAUCCCAGAGGCUAUCCAUGUGGAAGCAGACAGACUUGGGCUAAAGUCAAACUUGUAA